AUGGCGGGUCCGACGGCAACGGCACCGGUCCUGACCUGGUCGCCAUUGCUUUUUCCACCCUGGAAUACGGCCUUACUGCCGGCUGCGUUUUAUCCCGUUGCGGCUCUCCGAUCACUGCCUGGGUUCCUUGACAGCAUGAAACUCCCACAAUCGCAACGAACCACAAGCACCGGGGCCGGCUUUCGUAUCUGCAACCUGCUCGAGCUGGACAACGACAAGAAGCAGCAUGCGAAAAAGCGAAAAAGCUCUAGCUCGAUAGACGAUGCCGUAACGCUUCAUCGUUCCCGGGACCAAGACGCUGAUGAGGCGGACGAUGAAGAUGACUCCGGUGCGGUUGAUACGGCCUGUCCGGACGGUUCCCUCACGCGGCGAAGCGGGACAACACUAUCCCAGGAAGACACUAGCAGUAAUCCGGAUCUGCACGGUUGCAGUGCGAUCAACAGUGACGAUGACAGUAGACCCGAAGCCCGGGGCCCGGAUGGUGGUAGGGGAACGAUGGGCAGUGCGGCAAGCCGUGGACCGGACGAACGGACAAGUCCAUCCGCGACGAGUGGCGACGAGGGUGGUGGAAAACCGUCGUUUGGUUUACGAACCACCAGCCUGGCGGAGGAUUUGCAUGCCCGGUUCGGAUACUCUGCGCUGCAUCCCGGUUCGCAUCUUUCGCAUCUACCUUCGCAUCCACACCAUCAUCAUCACCAUCAUCAUCAGCAUAAUCACCAUCACCAACAUCAUCCGGCACAUCUGCAUCAUCCGCAUCAUACGCUCGCUUCUACGCCUCCCGGUCACGCCCUGUUUGGUGGACGAUCCUGGCCGUACGACAGCUGCAAUACACUAACUGCAUGCCAUCAGCAAGCGGCCCAGCAAGCCCACCAACGGCUGUUCGCCCAGCAGGUCAGCCCAGCGGACAGUACCUCGCCGGUGCACUCGGAACGGUCGUACAUCGGUAGUGGCGGGUUGGCGACCCUAGCGGCGGGUGUCACCGGUACGGCCGGUGAUCUUACCGUCGGCAGCCACCUGGCGUCGGGACGGGCCGGUUCCGGUAUGCGCACACCGAGCCCGUCCGACUCGGAGCGUGGCGAUCCGCACCACAUGCACGGCGAUACGCACACGGAAAACUCGGACGACGUUGACAUCGAGGAGGGCUGUGACGAUGAGAUCGACAUGAUCGACGAUACGGACGAUGGCAGCAUGCCGACGGAGCGUGGCCACCAAUCGAACGGGCUGGGCCACAAGAAGCGCAAACGGCGGGUCCUUUUCUCCAAGGCACAAACGUACGAGCUGGAGCGUCGGUUUCGGCAGCAGCGGUACCUGUCCGCACCGGAACGGGAACAUCUCGCGUCGCUGAUCCGCCUCACACCGACGCAGGUGAAAAUUUGGUUCCAGAACCAUCGGUACAAGACGAAGCGGGCCGCACACGAGAAGGGUGCGCUUGACCACCACGGUGGCCAUGGUGGGGGUGGCAGUGGGGCUGGAGGGUUACCAUCACCCCGUCGGGUCGCUGUGCCGGUGCUGGUGCGCGAUGGUAAACCAUGUCUCGGGGGUAGCAAACAACCGCACGAUCUACUGACGGCAGUACCCGGUGCGGCUCAUCUUCAACUACCGCCCGGAUUCCAGCAUGCCAGCCUGCUUCAUCAUGCUGCGGCGGCUGCAGGACGCUGGUGGUCAUAG